UAUUCUAACCGGAAGUUGCAUGCAAUAUUAACAACAUGGAGAUCUGUGGAUGUAAAGGAAUACGUACAUGUGUUAUUUGUGAAGGAAAGGGAAAGCUGCCAGUAGGAUCCGGACAGAAGGAUGUAUGUACUUACUAUUGUGAAUACUGUGGAAAGGCAUGGCCAGGCAACAGAUCACCAUGGAAACACCAUCCUGAUCAUCAUGGCAACCCCAUAGAUUUCCCUGGAAUUAAAAUCAUCCAGAAUUUUGUCUCGGAAGAAGAGGAAAGAAACAUAUGCAAGGAUAUAUACAGUGUACCUUUUGCCGUGUCGCAGUCAGGGAGAAGGAAACAGGAUUAUGGUCCAAAAGUAAAUUUCAAGAAGAAGAAGUUAAAAUGUGAUGUUUUUACUGGACUACCAAACUUCAGUGAACCUCUCUACCGUCGGAUGAAAGAGGUGACCCAACUAGCAGAUUUUACACCUGUAGAACUUUGCAACCUAGAGUACUCCCCCCUUAGAGGCUCUGCCAUUGAUCCACACUUUGAUGAUUUCUGGUUGUGGGGUGAGAGACUAGUGACCUUGAAUUUGUUGUCGGACACUUAUCUAUACUUUGUUAAGGAUGAUGAGGAUGUAGAGGUCAAAGUUCCACUCUAUCAGAGGUCAUUGAUUGUGGUAUAUGGACCAGCGAGAAACAUCUGGAAGCAUGGCAUUCACAGGGAGGAUAUCACUGCUGAUCGAAUCGCAAUUACACUAAGAGAGUUGUCUGACGAGUUUCAAACAGAUGAUACAUUAAUAGAUAUAGGUAAAAAACUUGAAGAUAUAGCAUUGACUUUUCAAGGACAAAUAGUUGGUUCACACAUUGACCAAUGAUAUGUAUAAAGGAUAUGAGAACUGCUUUCUGAAUAAAUUAUUGGAACUACC